GUUGUCAGAACUUUUAGAGAGAAAGGCAUUCCUUGCGAUGUGAUUUGGAUGGAUAUUGAUUAUAUGGAUGGUUUUAGAUGCUUCACAUUUGAUGGUAACCGUUUUCCUGAUCCGAAAUCUAUGGCUGAUGAUCUCCAUUCCAUCGGUUGCAAAUCAAUCUGGAUGCUUGAUCCAGGAAUCAAGAAAGAGAAGGGUUACUUUGUAUAUGAUAGUGGUUCAGAAACUGAUGUUUGGAUUAAAAAGGCAGAUGGCAGUCCAUUCAUUGGCGAGGUAUGGCCCGGUGAUUGUGUUUUUCCUGAUUUUACCUGUGAAAGAACACGCACCUGGUGGGCUAGUUUGGUCAGGGAUUUUGUCUCCAAUGGCGUUGAUGGAAUAUGGAAUGAUAUGAAUGAGCCUGCUGUCUUCAAAACAACUACAAAAACAAUGCCGGAAAGCAAUAUACAUAGAGGCGAUGCAGAUAUUGGUGGUGUCCAGAAUCAUUCUUACUAUCAUAAUGUCUAUGGAAUGCUAAUGGCAAGGUCUACAUAUGAAGGAAUGACGAUGGCUAGUACAGACAAACGACCAUUUGUUCUUACACGAGCUGGUUUUAUAGGAAGCCAGCGUUAUGCUGCAACAUGGACUGGUGAUAAUCUGUCAAACUGGGAGCAUAUGCAUAUGAGUCUGCCAAUGGUUCUUCAAUUGGGUCUUAGUGGUCAGCCACUGUCAGGUCCUGAUAUUGGUGGGUUUGCUGGAAAUGCCACUCCAAAACUUUUUGGGAGAUGGAUGGGAGUUGGUGCAUUGUUUCCAUUUUCACGUGGUCAUUCUGAAACUGGAAGCAUUGACCAUGAGCCAUGGUCCUUCGGUGAAGAGUGUGAGGAAGUUUGUCGUCUUGCGCUGCUAAGACGGUAUCGCCUACUGCCACAUAUCUACACUCUAUUUUACCUUUCACAUAAGAAGGGUGCUCCAGUUGCUGCUCCACUUUUCUUUGCUGACUCACAAGACCCAGGAUUGAGGAAAAUAGAGACUUCCUUUCUCCUGGGACCACUUUUAAUCUGCGCAAGCACUUCACCUGAUAAAGGUGCUCAUGAAUGUGCACAUAAGUUGCCGAAGGGUGUUUGGUCACGUUUUGAUUUUGGAGAUUCACAUCCUGAUCUGCCGGUGAUGUAUUUACAGGGUGGAGCCAUACUUCCUGUAGGCCGUCCUAUUAAGCAUGUUGGUGAAGCAAGUUUAGAUGAUGAUUUAUCACUAAUUGUUUCACUAGAUGAAAAUGGUAAAGCUGAAGGUGUCCUAUUCGAAGAUGCUGGGGAUGGGUACGGGUUCACACAGGGGAACUACCUUUUGACAUAUUAUGUUGCCCAAGUCCACUCAUCAGUGGUUUCUGUGAAAGUUCUGAAAACCGAAGGAUCCUGGAACAGACCAAAACGUAACUUAAACAUAAGUAUAUUACUUGGUGGAGGUGCUAUGAUAAGUUCACAUGGUGUCGAUGGCGAAGAACUACAUAUUACGAUGCCUUCGGGGUCUGAAGUGUCCAGCUUAGUCGCAACAAGUGAACUUGAGCUCAAGAAACGUUUGGAGAUGAUUUCGCCUAUACCUGAUAUAGAUGAACCGUCAGGACAGGAAGGUGCUGAACUCUCAAAAAUACCUAUUGAUUUGAAGAGCGGAUACUGGCUGCUUAAGGUUGUACCAUGGAUUGGUGGUCGUAUUAUUUCGAUGACACAUCUUCCUACUGAUUCCCAGUGGCUUCAUAGCAGGAUUGAAAUAAAUGGUUAUGAAGAAUACAGCGGGACUGAAUAUAGGUCUGCUGGGUGCACAGAAGAGUACAAAGUCGUUAGGAGGUAUCUUGAGCGAUCAGGAGAGGAGGAAUCUAUUUGUUUGGAAGGUGAUAUUGGGGGUGGUCUUGUUCUUCAGCGCCACAUAUCCAUUUUGAAAGACAACCCAAAGAUUGUUCAGAUUAACUCUAGCAUUCAAGCAAGAAGUGUUGGAGCUGGCUCUGGUGGGUUUUCAAGGUUGGUAUGUUUGCGAGUUCAUCCUACUUUCACCCUUCUGCACCCAACUGAGGUGGUUGUUGCUUUUACGGCCAUCAAUGGCUCAAAGCAAGAGUUCUCUCCAGAAUCUGGAGAAGUGACAUUAGAGGGAGACCUCCGGCCAAACGGGGAAUGGAUGCUAGUGGACAAAUGUGUAGGGGUGAGCUUGGUAAAUACUUUUGAUCCCAGUCAGGUUAGCAAAUGCUUGGUACAUUGGGGAACAGGUGAUUUGAACAUGGAGCUUUGGUCGGAGGAAAGGCCAGUUUCCAAGGACACGCCGUUGACAAUUUGCCACCAGUACGAGCUGAAACAAACAUGCUAAACCUUGCCUUGGGAUUUUCAGCAUGCAUCUUUCUUUGGUGUGUCGGCGUCACCUAGCACCAAUGUGUUUAGAACUACCCUACUGGACAUCAUUGUCGAACCAAUGUUUUAAAACUACUGGGCAACAUUGUCAAGGUUGGAAUUUUCGGACAAAGUGCGCUCUGGUGAUGAAACCUAGCUUGUUCAUCAUUAAUAAAGUAUAAUAAAGUAGAGGCUGCGAUCUCACUUGUUUUCUUC